UCGCGGAGCUGAGGAGCCGGGAACGCAGCGGAGCGGCCGAGCUGCCCGCGCAGCGCCCGCCGCGGGCAGCGCAGCCCGGGCCGCAGGCUCUCACCUGGGGUUGCAGGGGGAGCUGCUGUGGAGCUGACCCAGCACAGAAAACCAUCAGGGUGACCUUGAGCCGCAAAGCUGCUGUCCACGUGGACUGGAGCUGACAUCACGCGUCCAUCUGCCAGGACCCCUGCAUCCAGACUCCGAGACAUGGCAACCAAUGGCAGCAAGGUGGCCGAUGGGCAAAUCUCCACGGAGGUCAGCGAGGUCCCUGUGGCCAAUGACAAGCCCAAAACCCUGGUGGUCAAGGUGCAGAAGAAGGCAGCGGACCUUCCGGACCGGGACACAUGGAAGGGCCGCUUCGACUUCCUCAUGUCCUGCGUGGGCUAUGCCAUUGGUCUGGGCAACGUCUGGAGAUUCCCUUAUCUCUGCGGGAAGAACGGUGGUGGGGCCUUCCUGAUCCCCUACUUCCUGACGCUCAUCUUUGCGGGUGUCCCGCUCUUCCUGCUGGAGUGCUCCCUGGGCCAGUACACAUCCAUCGGGGGCCUGGGGGUGUGGAAGCUGGCUCCCAUGUUUAAGGGUGUGGGCCUCGCCGCCGCUGUGCUCUCGUUCUGGCUGAACAUCUACUACAUCGUCAUCAUCUCCUGGGCCAUCUACUACCUGUACAACUCCUUCACCACAACGCUGCCAUGGAAACAGUGUGACAACCCCUGGAAUACAGACCGCUGCUUCUCCAACUACAGCAUCGUCAACACCACCAACAUGACCAGCGCCGUGGUGGAGUUCUGGGAGCGCAACAUGCAUCAGAUGACAGACGGGCUGGAUAAGCCGGGUCAGAUCCGCUGGCCUCUGGCCAUCACCCUGGCCAUCGCCUGGAUCCUUGUGUAUUUCUGUAUCUGGAAGGGUGUUGGCUGGACUGGAAAGGUGGUCUACUUCUCAGCCACAUAUCCCUACAUCAUGCUGAUCAUCCUGUUCUUCCGUGGGGUGACGCUGCCUGGUGCCAAGGAAGGCAUCCUCUUCUACAUCACACCCAACUUCCGCAAGCUGUCAGACUCUGAGGUGUGGCUGGAUGCAGCUACUCAGAUCUUCUUCUCAUAUGGACUGGGUCUGGGGUCCCUGAUUGCCCUUGGGAGUUACAACUCUUUCCACAAUAACGUCUACAGGGACUCCAUCAUUGUCUGCUGCAUCAAUUCCUGCACCAGCAUGUUCGCAGGAUUUGUUAUCUUCUCCAUCGUGGGCUUCAUGGCCCAUGUCACCAAGAGAUCCAUCGCUGAUGUGGCGGCCUCAGGCCCCGGGCUGGCGUUCCUGGCAUACCCAGAGGCAGUGACACAGCUGCCCAUCUCUCCCCUCUGGGCCAUCCUCUUCUUCUCCAUGCUGCUCAUGCUGGGCAUUGACAGCCAGUUCUGCACCGUGGAGGGCUUCAUCACUGCCCUGGUGGACGAGUAUCCGAGGCUGCUCCGCAACCGCAGGGAGCUCUUCAUCGCUGCCGUCUGCAUCGUCUCCUACCUGAUCGGCCUCUCCAACAUCACCCAGGGGGGCAUUUAUGUCUUCAAACUCUUUGAUUACUACUCUGCCAGUGGCAUGAGCCUGCUGUUCCUCGUGUUCUUUGAAUGUGUCUCCAUUUCCUGGUUUUAUGGUGUCAACCGAUUCUAUGACAACAUCCAAGAGAUGGUCGGCUCCAGGCCUUGCAUCUGGUGGAAGCUCUGCUGGUCCUUCUUCACCCCCAUCAUUGUGGCGGGUGUGUUCAUUUUCAGUGCUGUGCAGAUGACCCCUCUCACCAUGGGAAGCUACGUUUUCCCCAAGUGGGGCCAGGGUGUGGGCUGGCUCAUGGCCCUGUCUUCCAUGGUCCUCAUCCCCGGAUACAUGGCCUACAUGUUCCUCACCCUAAAGGGCUCCCUGAAGCAGCGCAUCCAGGUCAUGAUUCAGCCCAGCGAAGACAUUGUUCGCCCCGAGAAUGGCCCGGAGCAGCCUCAGGCCAGCGGCUCGGCCAGCAAAGAGGCCUACAUUUAGGGGUGCGGAGCGGCUCGCCCACCCACACUCUCGCCCCCACCCUGGCUGCACACGACCACCACUUGAUGUCUGAAGAUACCGUCUAGCUCAACCUACCUCGAGUGGCGAGUCCAGACACCAUCACCAUGCAAAGAGAGGGAGGUGGGGACAGUCACACCCCCAUGGGCCCCCACUAUGGGUGAAGAUGCUCGAUGGCUCCGGCACCUGCGGGCUGGUGACCUUUUUAAUCCGGGCCCCAUAAGCAUCAAGCAGUUGGCCUCUGUGACCGCUGCGCUAGAUCAUUUUUAUUCCGCCGGCGAGUGCGACGUGCUCCUGGCUUUUAGUUGCAUUCCUGACUGUUCUCUUACUGCCGAAACCCAUGACUGUUACCUUGGACUUCGGUUCGGUCAGAACGCUGCUCUGUGCACGUGAAGAGGGCAGUUUGUAUAAUGGGCAUUUCCAGGGAGAGCUCACUCUUAAGAGCAGGGAGCCAGGAGAGCUCUUUCAGUUUUUGGUUUUUUCCUUCCCGAGGCAGCUCGACAGCCCCCCCGCGCCCCGCCCCCGGUUCGUAUCACCAGAGCUGCUUUUUCUCAAGCCAUCCGCGUAGUGUCCUAUUCCCCGGCCACUCGGCUGAAUGGGCAUCUCUGCACUAAGCUUUCCCAACCCCCACUCCUGGCCAGGGCCUUCUGAUUGUGCCCGGCCGGCAGCCAUCCUUCCAGACCGGUCCUGCCCCUGGGAAAACUGCCACAAGCACAACUGACUUUGCUAUCUCCGUUUUGUGGGGCCUGAGAUCCCGCUGGGGAAAUUCCCUAAUAGGAGGAGCCCCAGUUUCUCUUAGGCUGCCGGGCUUUCCAGAGCACAGAACCGUUGCAGAGCAAAUGUGACCUGGAGUCAGAAUGGAGCCAGUUAUCUGUCUCCCACACUGCACCCCAGUCAAGGCUGCUGCCUUCAGAGUUCCCACUGUGGCUCAGCAGGUUAAGAACCCUGUCUGUUCUUAACCUCCGUGGCCUAGCUCAGUGGGUUAAGGAUCUGAGGUUGCCUCAAGCUGCAGUGCAGGUUGCAGAUGCAGCAAGGAUCCGGCGUCGCUGUGGCUGUGGCUAGGCUGCGAUUCCACCCUUAGCGUGGGAACUUCGUUUUGCCACAGGUGCAGCCCUAAAAA